CGUAUUGUGAGUUUUAUCCUGCAAAACACAGAAAUUCCAAAUACCAAAGAGAAUCUUCAUGACCUGAUAAAGAAGAAAGUGUUUGAAACUGCAUUUCCUUUACAUGAGAGAGAAAAUCUGGGUAGCAUUCUGAAAAUGAAUUGGGCUCAAUGGAGAAAACUCUUCCGCAAGCAACCAAUUGGAGAAAUCAGAACAUAUUUUGGGGAGAAAAUUGCUCUUUAUUAUGCUUGGCUGGGCUGGUAUACACGUGUCCUGUUAAUAGCUGCUGUGCCUGGCUGUAUUCUUUUCAUCUAUGGCUUCCUCAGCUUCAGUUCCAGUCAGAUCAGUAAAGAAAUCUGUGAGGCCAACACUACCAUCAUGUGUCCACUCUGUGACCAGAAGUGCCCGUUUUGGAUUUUAUCAGACACUUGCACAUAUGCCAAGAUCACCCAUAUGGUUGACAAUGAAGGGACAGUUCUGUUCGCAAUGUUCAUGACUGUCUGGGCCACUUUAUUUUUGGAGCUAUGGAAGAGAUACAGAGCUAAAAAAGUCAAUCAAUGGAAUAUGUAUUCAUGGGAUGAAGAAGAGGAGGAAUUGGCUUUGGAACUCAUCAAUAACCCUGAAAAUACCUCUGAGGAGUAUCAGCAUUCAUAUAUCCGCAGUAUAAUUGUGCUUAUUUUAGCUCUUAUUAUGAUAUGUGUGCUGAUUGGCAUGGCCCAUGUCUUGGUCAUCUACCGGGUUGUGGUGACAGUAAUCUUUACUCAGUCCAAUUCAAAAUUCCUUCAAGAGAAAGCCACUACAGUGGCAGUCCUGACGGGUGCAGUGAUGCAUUACUUGAGCAUCAUCAUUAUGACCAAGGUGAACAAGUAUAUUGCACACCUUCUCUGUAAACUAGAGAGGCCAAGAUCAUUCAGCGAGCGAGAGAAAAGCUAUACAAUUAAAGUCUUCACCUUCCAGUUCUUCAACUAUUUCUCUUCUCUGAUCUACGUUGCUUUCUUCCUAGGGAGGAUUAAUGGCCAUCCAGGAUCUUAUGUACGUGUGGCUGGCAAAUGGAGACUGGAAGAAUGUCAUCCCAGUGGUUGCAUGACAGACCUUUUCAUUCAGAUGUUUGUAAUUAUGACAUUAAAGCAAACUUUCAGCAACCUCGUGGAGUACUGGCUUCCUACCCUAACCUACAAGUGCCGUCUGCUGUACAGAAAGCCCCAAAGGAUUAAUGUGGAGCAGAUAUCCCAGGACUCGUGCAAGGAGGAAUGGCUGUGGAACUAUCAGCUCAAUGAAGUCAAUGUCUUCACCUUGUUUGAUGAAUACAUGGAGAUGAUGAUCCAAUACAGCUUCACCACUAUUUUCGUGGCUGCUUUCCCCCUUGCACCAUUGCUGGCCUUUAUCAAUAACCUUUUUGAGAUUCGGUUGGAUGCUAUCAAAAUGGUGAAACUGCAGAAACGAAUGGUGCCCAAGAAAGCUAACACCAUUGGUAUCUGGUACUACAUCCUAGAAAUAAUUGGUAUACUCUCUGUCAUUGGCAAUGGCCUAGUUAUUGCCAUCACCUCAGAUUUCAUCCCCAUGCUGGUGUACCAAUAUACAUUCAGUCCAUGCAAGCAGAAGAACAAUACUGGCAUUGACUGUUUGACAGGUUAUAUCAACCACAGCCUUUCAGUUUUCAAUGUCCAGCACUUUGAGAAUACUGUGAAUCUGACAGACCCAAUGGGGAAUAAGAUAACCCACUGCAGGUACCCAGACUACCGGAACAGUGACGAUUACAGCCAUUCUAUUAAGUUUUGGCACAUUUUUGCUGCACGUAUUGCCUUUCUAUUUGUAUUUGAGCAUGUGGCUCUUUGCGUUAAACUAAUUGCAGCAUGGUUGGUCCCUGAUGAUCCCAGAAGUGUUAAAAAUGAUCAACUGAAAGAAAAACGCAAGAAACUAAAACGAAAACUCAGAGCAAUGGAUGAUUCCACGGAAAUAUAGUAAAACAUGGUGAACACAUCACACAAAUAGCAACAAGUGCUGAAUGAAAAGGUGCUACAAGCUUUGAAGAUGCUAUCAGAAAUCUGCAGCCACACCCAGUCUAUUACUUGACACGGUUCUUGAAUUUUAUAUUUUGUCAUCAAAGUAACUUUGGAUGGUACAACUGCUUUGAAAUGUCAGUGUUUUCAGGAAAAAUUAGACUAAAUGACGGAAACAGUGACCAGAUGACAUGUCAUGGUCAGUGUAAUACAGCAUUACAGAAGGCCAGAAGCAUUUUUAAAUGUUCCAUUUUCUUCCGUAAGAAGUUACAGUCAGAAAAUCAUUUGUGACCUUUGUGGUCAAUUAACAUCUACUCAGACAUGCUAUUUACCUUGUUAACUCAGACUGAUAAUCCAGUACUAUAGAAAAUCCCUGAACAGUCACUCACUUCAUGUAGAACAGGGGUGUCAAACUCGAUUUCAUUGAGGGCUGUAUCAGGGUUGUGUGACCUGGGAGGGCUGGGGUGGGUGUGGCCAGGAUGGGCAUGGCCAGCAUGAUGUCACUCAUAUCAGGGGUGGGUGCCUGUGCUGGCCCAAGCGCUCUUCCAGCAAAAACAGGCUCCCGAGCUCUGUUUUCCACUGUGACAGCUUCCUGCAGCCCCCUGCCAGCAAAAACGGAGCUUGGGUACGGCACGCACAUCCCCCUGUUUUCCUUGGCAGAGGCACCAUGGGCUGAUCCUUUGCUUUUUCCGGGGCAGCCCCACAAACUAGAUCUAAGCACCCCACUGGCUGGAUCCAACCCAUGGGCCUUGAGUUUGACGCCCUUGAUGUUGAAUAUCAGGACCUUGUAUUCUUCAUUUGCUGAUAAUCCUUGAUUAGGGUAAACAUAUGCUGCUUGCCUAACAGAGUCCUUAGACAAACACCCCAAUGUGUAAUUCAGCCUGUAUUAAACAUCCAAUAUUUCCUUUACAAAUAAUCUGAAACUGCUCCUGAUAUUUAGAGAGCUAACACAGAAACACUUCAAAAUGCCUCUUGCCUUUACUGUGCUUGUCAUUUUCCCAAUCUUUGCAUGCUAUUUUGAUAUAUAAGAAUAGGUUUCUCGUAUAUCAGUUUUAAGAGUAAUCCAAUUUGCCACUAAAAAUGGGCAGUUUUAUUGUGAUCUAAUGCAUACAUUGUAAGGCCUAAAUUAUGCACAGUUCCUGAUCCCACAUUCCAAUAAGAGGUUGAGAAGAUACUUUUAUUCGAGUUCUUUUGUAUUUGUUUUUUUCUCUAUUAUUUAUAUUUUUUCAUUUACAAUUUGGGUUAUUAGGGAUUCUUCAUGCAAGUGAUUCUGAAGCCUAAUAUAUAAAGAACAUUCUUCCUAAUCCAGAAGUAAUAUAUGUCAUACAAAAAUGAAUUAAUUCAAUCAAUUUAGAGAAUCCUGUUUAUCCCAGAAGGAUAAGUUUACAAAAAUGCUGGGUCCAGCAAAGAUAAGAACUGUGGUAAAAUUAAUACAUAUAAAAAAGAGGAUUUAUUAGGAAUGUAGCUUGUUGGAAUCUGGGUGAUGUGUGAGAUGAGCUUCAGUUGCUGAAUUGAUUUUGAUUUUUAUAUGCUUAUGUUUUCCUUCCAAUCAAGUGUCUAAUAAUGCUGAAAACUAAAGGGUGCCUGAAAUUUUGUCAUUGUAUAUUUACCAACUUAAAUUUGAAUGAAUUUAGUAUACAUUUCAUCUGUAGCCUACAGAUGAACAAAACAAAUAAAUAAAAUUGGAAGUCAAUAUGUCAGUAAUAUUCUGCUAUUAUCAUCUUUUAAUUCUGAUUUCCUCAUGCUUCCCUGAGUUUAACUUGUUUGCAUUAAGUUACUUGUAU